AGCUAUCAGCUGUAGAUAUCUACAAGUUUAAAACAGUUAGUAUCAACUUUUAUUGAUAGCUUUAUCCCCCAAAAAUGAUUCUCAGGGUAGAGAUAUUAGUGACCUAGUAUGGCGAGAGAGAUAUAAUUACAUGCACACCAAGGUGUACAGCUAGCCUCGAUAAAUGUCAGACGAUGCUGGCUACUGAAUAGGUUGUAGAGGAAAAUAAUAUCAAUACGUCAAUAAUUCGUAAAUAAUAUGAUAAACAUGGAGAAUAAUCAAGAUAAAGAAAAACCUGAGCGUCAAGGUGAUAAAGCUGAUACAAGCAUGGAUACCUAUAUAGAAAUAAACAACAGGCAAAUUAUGUACAGUCAAAAGUUACGAGAGAUGAAUUACGAAAUCAUGUUGAUGGAGACUAAAUUGAUUGCAGCUUAUUGCAAGUACGCUGAAGCAGUUAACACUUUGAAGAAAACCGAUAAUGUUUUGAACCUAUAAAAGCGGAUAUGUUGGCAGACUUGUCAAAAUCCAUCUCUUUGCAAGUUGAUUGUUUUGUAGUUGUUGUUGGGAUGAUAAAUAGAUCUUAAAUAUUGAAAUAAUA